CAUAUUGUUAUUGUGUGUAUGAAAGAAAAUACUCUAGACACGUGUUUAAUGUUGCGAAGUGUUUGGUGGAAAUUAAAGAAAAGUUUGCAAAAUAAUUAAUAUAUUCAAAUUGCGUAUUGUUGAAGGCUUUGAAGCAGCUUUGAUUAGCUGAAUAUUCUUAUAUUUUUACUGUGUUUAAUAAGUUUUCAAUAUUCUACGAAAAUGGUUUCUGGUCGCCCCCUUUUAUAUAUGUCACUGCCGGGAGUAGUAUUUAUUCUCGGUGUAUUUUGGUACCGACGUCGCAAUAAAAGUCGUUCAAUGGAGGAUACAACUGUGGAAGAACCAGAGAAUAUUAACAUGAAAAUCACAAAAGAAUCAUCAACACCUCAUGCAGGUGUAAAUUACAUGCUUAGCAAAUCAGAACCCUUACAGAGUGAUUCUAUGAAUAUAAAUAAUAAAAACAUAGACGAAGAGAGUCCAACUGGGAGACUUUUUGGCAAAUCGGCUCCAAUAAAAAUUGUUCAGAACUCAAGAGGCUCCCCAGUUAAACAACAAGUUGAUUCAGAAGUACUUAAAAGCAAAAUUCAAAAUGCUGAAGAUAAAGUACUCCGUUCAAUUGAUGAAGACUUUGAAAAUUUAUCAUCUCCGAUUGAUUUGCCAGACUCUAUUGAUAAUCGCAUUACGUUUUAUUCAAGGAAUGUAAAUUGUAAGAAUGACGCUCCAGUUGUAGUGAGGGCAACUCGCACUCCAAAAAUAUCUCCUGAAAAUUCUUUCCUUGAAAGUAAAUACAUCAAAGAUUGUGAAGAAAAUAAUAAUUCUGAGCCUAUGACAAAAACAACAACAGAAAAAAUUGAUGUCAACCAGAAAGAAGAAGCAAAAAUAUCUGAAAAUCAUAUAAUAAUUGAAAAUAGUUUUAACAAACAAAAUGCAAUAGAAGUUAUAGAUCAAGGGAAUACUGUUCUUGAAAAUGAGGAGCGCAAUGUUGAUGCUGCUAGUCCCUCAUUAAGUUCAUGUAGCGAUCAGUCAGGCGAUUCUGGAAAAGGUUCAAGUUUGCCACGGUCCGAAGCUAAUCGUGCCAAAACCAAAUAUGAGUUCUUCAUCCCAAAUAGUUUUGUCGGCCAAUUGUAUGGCAGGAAACACACGUUUAUAAAUCAUAUUAAAGUUAAAACUUCAGCAGAUGUGGAUGUACGCAAAACAUAUUAUGGCGGUAUUGUGGUAUGCAUAUGUAGAAUUGAGGGCUCUGAUAGUGAAAUAAAAGCUGCUUUGGCAAUGAUUAGACAGCGCCUACCCAUUAAACGUUAUCCAAAUUUUACCAUGCAGAAAAUAAUUUUUGCACCCCCUGAAACUGUAGUUCCUUUAUCCAUCGAAAACAUUCAAAAUUUACAGCUUAAACUUAUAGAAGGCAUCAAUAAUGAUGUACGGGUUUCUACUAUUAUAAAUGCCGGACAUAUGUUCGUGCAACAACCUUUGCAUCCUACUGCUCCUAAACUAGAUGUUCUUAAUAAAUGUAUAUCAGACAGCUAUGAAACAAUGGUUACGCCUCCGUUGCCUCGAGUUGAAUUGAAUGCUAUUUGCGUUAUGCCAGCUAACGGACUUUGGUUAAGAGUGCAAAUUGUCGAUCAACACGACGAUGGAAAACAUUGCUUAGUGAAAUUAUUGGAUUGUGGAGGUUAUGUGACUGCAGAAUUUAGCCAGUUACGGCAAAUUAGAUCAGACUUUCUGACUGUGCCAUUCCAAGCAACAGAAUGUGUUCUGUCAAAUGUGGAACCAAUCGAUUCUAUCUGGUCACAAGAAGCUGCGGAAGUAUUAGGGUACCUUACAGGCGGUAUCAUUUUACAAGCUCAAAUAGCGGGAUACAAUAGUCUUAAUAUACCAGAAGUUUAUCUGUUUGCUAACUUAGGUCCAAAUAACAUCAUUUUCAUAAAUAAAGAACUUGUCGCUAGAAAUCUAGCUAAGUGGGUUGACUGAUUUAAAGAAGGAAGCUUAUGUAAAAUCUACUAAUUCAGAAGCUACAACUAUCAUCUAAUUCAUUUUCAAAUAUUUAAAAGAACAAAAACGCUUUUUAACUAUUUAGAAAUAGUAAACGUAUUUCAUUAGGUAAGUUAUCAUUCGCUUAGGAUACAAAAGUAAUCAAUUGUAAUGCCCAAUUUUUUGUGGAGAGAGCUUAAAUUUCAUAUUCGAAUGUUAACUUUUGACUUUUAGUAAAACAAAGUUAUGAAUUAACCUUAUUGAGAGUUAUCUCUGUACCGUAAAAACGGACGGCAGAGUUGUGAAGAUUUUGAAGUCUUUGAGGCAUUAUGCGACACUCUGUGUUGUACUAAAUAGUCAUUUGUGUCAAGUGAAUGAACCUGUUGUAAAUAUGAAAUAUUAUUAAAACAAUCGCCAAAAUUGAGGUGAGAAUAGUAUAUAGAUAGUAAUAUAUCAAGCAAUAGAAGGCUCGUAUUAAUUCUGCCGGACAAAAAGUUUAAAAUAACUCUUGUACAUAUAUGCAUAUUAAACUUUUAUUUUAAUAUAUAUAGUAUAUUUUUACCUCUCUUAUUGAUGCAUAACAACAUAUGUUAAAAACAUAUACUUAUGUAUAUUUUUUUACUAAACCUAAUAAGAAUGUAAAAGCAGCCUACAUGUUUGCAGUAAGGCAUUUUGAUGGAAGUCGGAGAGAAACAUCUGAAACCAUUACCUAUUUUAAACACAUGCAGCUUAUAUCUCCUGAAAAGAAUAUCUCGUUUUAUUAGCUUUUCUUUUUAAUAAAAUUCAUUCACAUGUAUUUUUUUGUUUUUGACGGUUUUGACUUCAAUUUUUGGCUGUCCUUUGAUUCCCCUAUUGGUGACAAAAAAAAAAUGCAUCAAAAUGCCUCCUGUGCGUUGUAAUUCACAUUUCUACUUGAAUACACUUAAAUAUAUUAGAAUUUAAAGUAAUUUUCUAAUAAGUAAUAUUCUAGGCCUUUUAAGUAGAUAUAAGUAUGCUAAAUGUAAUGUGUAAGUAAUCGUUCAGUUAUUCUUUAAAAAUGUCAUAUUUAUUUUGCACCUUAUAUACUAGCCAGAAGGCAUGUUUUACAAGUAUGAAACCCCAUAAACAUUAGUGUUAAUUAUUGUUUUGAUUUUGAAUUAGUUUGUUAAUUUUAUAUAUAAAUUUAUAGAUUUAAAUUUAUUCAUAAAUUGAUUUAAUGAAACGUUAUAAUACUGAAUAUUACAACUGGAGUAUACAUAGACAUAAAAACAAUGGAGAUUUUCUAUUAUGAAAAAAUAAAAAUAUAUUGCUUUGUUCAUCGUUCUACUGCACAUUGAAGCCAAUUACACCGAUAGCUAUGCAGAAAUAAUAAUCUUAUGAUACUAUAUCAUACAUUUCUGGAACUCUGUUUUAUGUAUUGAUCAAAAAGUGGCAUAAUUAAUGUGGCGCCUACAGCUCUAAUGCAUAUUACAAUGCAAAAAAUAUGUUAUCAAGAUUCAUGCAGAGUACGUUAAGCAGUCGCAAAAGUAAGUUGACUGAAAAAUAUACUCUAAUAAAGAGAACGUUAUUAAAUCGUUAA